GAAGAGCACUUUUCUCCCCACUCAACCGACCAGACGGACAAUCGAGGCGUCAGUUAUUCUAUAUCGACCUGAGAGAAAGGAGUUAAGGUGUCGGAUAAGGUCUCCAACGGUUCUUCACCCCCCCAAAUCUCUGUCAGCGAUGGAGACUUGGGCUGGCUUCUGCCCAGGCUUGCACUUAUCUCUGGGUAUCUGGGUGAUGAUAGCCGCUCAUACCCUACAAAAUGCCAAGGCGGAGAUAACUUGCGCAUCUUGCACGUCGCCAGUUCAACUUCACCUGGAGGAAUUACAGCUGGGGAUGCGCACUGACCCGACAGAGGAGCCGGACACCCUAAAAAACAUCCGAGUAGAGUUUAGGGAACUCGGGGUUACCGAGCAAAACACUGGAGUGGACGACGACCGUGAGACAGGCGUUUCUGCCGAGGAUGUCCCCCAGUUCCCUCAAGAUGUCAAUUUGGAUGGAGUUAGCGCAAAGGAAGAUGCACCAGGGUCCAGUGAAGAAAGUCACAGCGGCGGUGAUAAAGCUGAGGAGCCCGGGAAGGGUGAGGAUGCUGCGCUCCGGAGAGCGAAGAGAAGCGGUCCUGAGUUUGCCGAGUUCGGUGAGAACGGGCGGAGCGGCUUGGAUGCCGGCGCUCCGGAGGAUCGGGGCUCGUUGUUUGACGGACACAAGCUGGGCAGGUCUGAGUUCAGAUGGAACAGGGAUGAAGGGAGAGGGAAUAACCGGCAGGAUGAGCCCAAGCUCACCAGCAGCACUUUCUCUCUGACGGGGGACUCUGCGCACAACCACGCGGUGGUGUACUGGUCAGGGCAGAACAGCAGCGUGAUCCUGAUUCUAACCAAGCUGUACGACUUUCAUAUUGGUAGCGUCACUGAGAGCACUCUUUGGAGAUCUACGGACUACGGCUCCACAUACGAGAGAAUGAACGACAAAGUCGGAUCUAAGACUGUGUUGAGCUACCUGUACGUCUGUCCAACUAACAAGAGAAAGAUUAUGGUGUUGACAGAUCCCGAAUUUGAAAGCAGCGUGCUCAUCAGCUCUGAUGAGGGAGCCAGUUUCCAGAAGUACCGCCUCACUUUCUACGUCUUGAGCCUUUUAUUCCAUCCCACUGAAGAGGACUGGGCCUUAGCCUACAGUCACGACCAGAAGCUCUACAGCUCGGUGGACUUUGGGAGAAAAUGGCAGCUCAUCCAUGAACACGUCACGCCGAACAGAUUCUACUGGUCUGUCUCUGGCCUCGACAAGGAGCCAGAUCUGGUCCACAUGGAGGCACAUACACCAGAUGGAAAUGUGCAGUAUGUCACAUGCAGAGCUCCAAUGUGCACAGAAACUAACAGGAACUACCCAUUCCCCGGAUACAUUGAUAUCAGCUCGCUGGUAGUUCAAGAUGACUACAUAUUUAUACAGGUUCCCACGUCUGGGCGAGCCACUUAUUAUGUGUCCUACAAGAGAGACUCAUUCAUACAAAUCAAGCUACCCAAAUAUUCCCUGCCUAAGGAUUUACACAUUGUCAGCACUGAUGAGAAGCAGGUAUUUGCGGCUGUGCAGGAGUGGAACCAGAACGACACCUAUAACCUCUACUUGUCUGACACCAGAGGGAUCUACUUCACCUUGGCCAUGGAAAAUGUCAAGACCACUAGGGGCAUCGGAGGGAACCAGAUGCUGGAUCUGUACGAGGUUGCAGGAAUUAAAGGGAUGCUGAUUGCAAACAAGAGGCAAGACAACCAGGUCAAGACCUACAUGACCUACAAUAAAGGCCGGGACUGGAGGCUUCUGCAGGCUCCCACUGCUGACCUGGAUGGGAACGACAUUCACUGCAUACUGCCUUUCUGUUCACUCCAUCUGCAACUGCAAACAUCUGAGAAUCCUUACUUGUCAGGAACUAUCUCCACCAAGAGCUCUGCACCAGGGAUCAUAGUUGCCACAGGAAAUAUUGGAGCAGAGCUGUCCUACAACAACGUUGGCAUGUUCAUAUCAUCUGAUGCUGGCAAUAGCUGGAGACAGAUUUUUGAAGAGGAGCACAAUGUGUGGUUUCUGGACAAAGGAGGGGCCCUUGUCGCUGUCAAACAGCCAUCUGUGCCAACCAGACACUUGUGGGUCAGCUUUGACGAGGGGAGGCAGUGGACCCAACACAGCUUCUCCUCAGUGCCUCUAUUCGUCGAUGGAGUCUUGGUGGAGGCCGGUGCCGAGAACCAAAUCAUGACCUUUUUUGGACACUUCAGCCACCGCUCUGAAUGGCAGCUCAUCAAGAUCGACUACAAGUCCAUCUUUAGCCGGAAAUGCACAGAGGAAGACUAUCAAACCUGGCACCUGCACAACCAGGGUGAGCCAUGUGUGAUGGGGCAAAAGCAGAUUUACAUGAAGCGCAGGCCUGGAAACUACUGCAUGCUGGGAAAGGACUACUCGAGAAUCCUCUCAGCUGAAUCCUGUAUUUGUCGAGCUCAUGAUUUUGAAUGUGAUUAUGGAUAUGAGAGGCGCAGCGAUGGGAACUGCCGGCCUGCCUUUUGGUUCAACCCCUCCACUAUCUCCAGAAGCUGCAGCCAGGGUCAAAACUACCUCAACAGCACAGGGUAUCGCAAAGUGGUGCUGAACAACUGCACUAAAGGAGUUAAAGAAAUGUACACGGCCAGAAAGCAGCAGUGCCCCAACAGACCUCCCAAAGGACUCUUGCUGACCACCAAAGACGGCAAACUCACCGCUAACCUGGGCAGCAAUGUCACCUUUCUGGUGCAUCUGGAUGAGGGUGACUCUUUGCGCACCAACAUCCAGUUGGAUUUCGGUGAUGGCACAGCUGUGUCCUACUCCAACCUGAGCUGGACGGAGGAGGGGAUCAAACACUUCUACAAGUCUGCUGGGAUAUUUCGUGUCACAGCGCUGGCAGAGAACACACUGGGUUAUGACACCACAACUCUCUUCCUGCAUGUCACGUGUCCAGUGGAGCAUGUCCAGCUGCUUGCUCCCUUCGUGGUCAUAAAGAACAAGGAAGUGAACAUCACAGCAGUGGUCUUACCCAGCCACUCACGUACUGUUACUUACUUUUGGUGGCUUGGCAACAAUACUGAGCCCGUGAUAACGUUGGAUGGGAGUAUCUCUCACACUUUCUCCAGCGAUGGAAUGCACACCAUCACAGUCCAAGUGGCUGCAGCCAACACCAUACUGCAAGAUACCAAGACCAUAGCAGUAAAAGAAUUCUUCAAAUCUCUACUUUUAUCUUUCUCCCCUAAUCUGGACGAGUUCAACCCCGACAUACCCGAGUGGAGACAGGAUGUGGGGAGAGUAAUUAAGAAGGCUCUGCUCCAAGUGUCUGACUUCCCGGAGGAGCAGCUCUUAGUCGCUGUGUUCCCAGGAGUGCCAACAGCUGCUGAGCUCUUCCUGUUACCUCACAAAAACCAAACAGAGGUCAAGAAAAAGAGCGAGGAGGAGCUAGAGCAGGUAUCCGAUAUAAUUGUAAGUGCGCUGAACCAAAAUUUGGUGGAGUUCGAGCUCAAGCCUGGUGUCAGGGUGAUUGUGUACAACACACAGUUAACACUGGCACCUUUGGUGGACUCCAACCCCAGACACAGCAGCUCAGCUAUGCUGAUGCUCUUAUCAGUGGUGUUUCUGGGCCUCGCAGUGUUCCUCAUCUACAAAUUCAAGAGAAAAAUACCUUGGAUCAACAUAUACGCUGAGGUGAACCAGGAGAAAGAGCAGGAGAUGAUUGGCUCGGUGGGCCCAGGUGACAGCACGCCUAAAAUCACUCUGAGUGAGUUCUCCACAUCCAAAGAACUCAUGGAGAAGGAACUGGAUGCCAGGGUCAAAAGGGGAGUUGGAAAUGCCUGCGAGAGCACAAGGGAGAUUCCAAACUGUACUAGUGUGUGAAGCCGGAGAGCAACAGUUUAUGUACAGAGGGAAGUAUUACAGUGUCGGGGUUCUCUUUUUCUGUUUUGUAAUUCUCAACACAACUGAUGUUAAUAGUUUUCUAAGGGACCUCAUUUAUACAGACUUGCACGGACGCCUCGUUCAACAACAUCCAUGCAGCAAAUGUCAAUUUACUCAAUGAGAUCACUGUAAUUACUGGCAAAACUUAUUCAGUUUUGUGGAUGUAUAAGCUACAUAACGACAUUUGCAGAGUGAAAUAUCUUUCGUCAGAACCUAUGAAGAGUUAUGUAAAUUUCCUAAGGAGUUUGCUUUGAAAAUCAUUUCUGCCUAUAUAUAGACUAUAAUGUCUGAGUCUUCAA